UAUGGUCCUGCAGCCCCCAGCCGCUGGAAGGCCUUCACCCCUCCUCAUGCACUUCCCUCAUCUCUGUGGGUUUCAUGCAAUUUCCCACCCUUUAGGACGUUUGAACUGCUGGAUCAUAGCUACAGAGCUGGUGGAGCAGCUGCACUUAUCUGAGGACCCCCACAGGCCACCUCAGGCCUGGCCUGAAUUCCUCUCCCACCCUGGGGCUAUCACCCACGCUGGUCCAAAAGGCCUUUCUCCCCCACACUUAGCUCUGCCUGGGACGCAAUGUCCCAGCUCCCCCUUCCUGUUGUCUCCACAGUCAGCACGCACGCAGGGCUUUCAUUCUAGUUUUAUGCUGCUUGGGAGUCCCUAUGGGGACGCAGCCAGGGGUGAUAAAAAUAACAAGCAUGGGGGCGUUGAAAUGUUCCAAAAUCUACAGUCUUUCCAGUCCUGGGCACCCUGGUCUGUGUUUCUGAUGCCCUUCCAGAACGGUCACAUGAAAGUCAAAGAGAACUCGUGAGCUUCACUUUCACCCUCCUGAGGUGGGCUUGCCAAGCCUCCUGCGCCUCCGCAAGGUCUUCAGUCUUGUACAGACGCGAUCUUGCAAAAGGGAGAAGGCGGCGCUGCAGGCAGUGGCGGCUGGAAGGUGGUUGCUACAAGGCACCCCGCAGUGUACAGGAAAAGCUCACGGACAUUUAUAGAACACAUACUGUGUGCCAGGCUUUAUGCUGAGAGUUCAUCAUCUGCCCAAAUAAUGGGUAUGGAGACGGGGGUGGGGGUGCUCAAGCUACAGAGAAGGAAACGGGUGCUUUCUCGGAUUCACCCAAGGAGCGAGCACUUGCCACCAGGAUACUGGCCCGGGUUUUAUGUGGAGGCUGGAGGGGAAUGUAGGGCUCGCGAGCACAGGUUUGGGGGCCCAGAGUGCAUGGUCGCUUCCGCCCCCGAGCUACGACAAGCAGCUGGAGGUGGGCGGCUGCCGGAGUCCAACAUGGCCGCCGCGGCGAUCACGCAAGCGUGCUCUUGCUUGGGCGGAGCCUCCGGGCGCACCCCUUCCCGCCUUUGGAGGAGGGGCUUUGAACAGUGUGUGGCGCUGACCUGCGAACAGAUCGUUCAUCGCUGGAAGAAAGGCGAGUGGGCUGGGGCACUACCUAACCGUCUAAGGAGUUUCAACUCUAACCGGAAAGGGGUGGGUGGGGCGGCCCAAGAAGUUUUGGCCUGCCCCGCCCCCCAACGCCCUCUAUGCCUCUGCCGGGAUGUUCGGAAACCAGGGAAAAAAAAAUAACUUUGAAGCCUGGGUGUGGUGGCUCACACCUGUAAUCCCGGCACUUUGGGAGGCUGAGGUGGAAGGACUGAUUAAGCUCAGGAGUUUGAGACCAGCCUGGGCAACAAAGCAAGACCCUGUCUUUAAGAAAAAGAAAAAGAAAAAUCUUUGAAAAAUACACAAAUACCAUUGUGUUACAACUGCCUACGGUAUCCAGUACGGUGCUGCUCAGAGAUAGAAGUCUCACUCUGUUGCUCAAGCUGGUCUUGAACUUCUGGCCCCAAGUGAUCCUCCUGCCUCAGCCUCCCAAUUUGCUGGGAUUACAAGCAUGAACCGCUGCACCUGGCCAAGUACUUCAUCUUUAAGAUCCAUCCCACAGAACUUGAGGAUAAAUGCUCCUGCACAUGAAGAGCAACAAGUACCUGACGGUGAACAAGCGGCUUCCGGCCUUGCUGGAGAAGAACGCCAUGCAGGUGAGCCUGGAUGCCACGGGCAACCAGGGCUCCUGGCUCUUCAUCCAGCCCUUCUGGAAGCUGCGGAGCAACAGGGACAAUGUGGUUGUGGGGGACAAGGUGAUCCUGAAUCCUGUCAACGCUGGGCAGCCUCUGCAUGCCAGCAAUUAUGAGCUCAGCGACAACGCCGGCUGCAAGGAGGUCAACUCUGUGAACUGCAACACCAGCUGGAAGAUCAACCUCUUUAUGCAGUUCCGGGACCACCUGGAGGAGGUGUUGAAGGGGGGAGACGUGGGGCGGCUGUUCCAUGCGGAGCAGGAGAAGUUCCUGACGUGUGACGAGUACAAGGGCAAGCUGCAGGUGUUCCUGCGCACUACGCUGCGCCAGUCUGCCACCUCGGCCACCAGCUCCAAUGCUCUCUGGGAGGUGGAGGUGGUCCACCAAGACCCCUGCCGUGGAGGAGCUGGGCACUGGAAUGGCCUGUACCACUUCAAGCACCUAGCCACGGGCAACUACCUGGCUGCCAAGGAGAACCCCAGCUACAAAGGUGAUGCCUCGGAUCCCAAGGCAGCAGGAAUGGGGGCCCAGGGUCAUGCAGGCCACAGGAAUGCUGGGGAGAAGAUCAAGUACCGCCUGGUGGCCGUGCCUCAUGGCAACGACAUCGCCUCUCUCUUUGAGCUGGACCCCACCACAUUGCAGAAAACCGACUCUUUGGUGCCCCGGAACUCCUCAGUCUGGCUGCGGCACCUCUGCACCAACACAUGGAUCCAGAGCACCAACGUGCCCAUUGACGUUGAGGAGGAGCGGCCCAUCCGGCUCAUGCUGGGCACCUGCCCCACCAAGGAGGAAAAGGAGGCCUUUGCCAUUGUGUCGGUGCCCGUGUCCGAGAUCCGAGACCUGGACUUUGCUAAUGACGCCAGCUCCAUGUUGGCUAGUGCCGUGGAGAAACUCAGUGAGGGCUUCAUCAGCCAGAAUGACCGCAGGUUUGUCAUCCAGCUGCUUGAAGACCUGUUGUUCUUUGUCAGCGAUGUCCCCAACAAUGGGCAGAAUGUCCUGGACAUCAUGGUCACCAAGCCCAACAGGGAACGGCAGAAGCUGAUGAGGGAGCAGAACAUCCUCAAACAGAUCUUCGGCAUUCUGAAGGCCCCGUUCCGCGAGAAGCGGGGUGAAGGUCCCCUGGUUCGGCUGGAGGAGCUGUCGGACCAGAAGAGCGCCCCCUACCAGCACAUGUUCCGCCUGUGCUACCGCGUGCUGCGGCAUUCCCAGGAGGACUACCGCAAGAACCAGGAGCACAUCGCCAAGCAGUUUGGGAUGAUGCAGUCCCAGAUUGGCUACGACAUCCUGGCGGAGGACACCAUCACUGCCCUGCUGCACAACAACCGCAAGCUCCUGGAGAAGCACAUCACCAAGACUGAGGUGGAGACCUUUGUCAGCCUUGUGCGCAAGAACCGGGAGCCCAGGUGGGCCCGAACGCCCUCCGCGGCCAGUGCCUGCCCCUCCCUCCUCCCUUGCCUGGGUCAAAAGUCUGCUGGUUGUAAGAAUACUGAACUAUUCCUGCACCUGUUGGUAACUGUCACCUCCCUGAGGCCCUAGCCCCCUAGCUCUUCUCUGGGAUCCUCCCAAAUUUGGCCCACUCUAGCAACAAUGGGAAUGACUCCUGGUACCAUGGGAGGCCCCCAAGACAUUCUCCAGUGACAAAGUCAGGACCUGUAUUGAACCAGUUGUUAAACAUUUUGAAUAUCACCUUGGCCCUUGCACCUCCUCCCCCUGAGCCCCUGAACUCCUACCUAGCCUUCCCUGACCCCAGGGUGAUGCCCCAGGACUGUCCCUCCUUGGGGAGCUGGGAGUCCAUCCCACCCAUCUCCAAGCAUUGGGAGGGAGCUAGUUCCAGCGUGGUGGUGCUCCCAGCUGGGGAAGGGGAAACAGGGAAAGACUCUGUUUUAAAAAAUAAAAAUAAAAAAUAGUCACAUCAGACACCCUUCUUAAAUGCUUGCCAAGUAGCAGGCACUGUUUUAAGCACUUGUCCUGAUCACUUAUUUGAGCCACACGACAACCCUUGUUUUAGCUACUUUAGUUACUCUUGUUGUAAAGCUGGGGAAACAGUGGCACAGAGAAGUAAAGGAACUUGCCCAUGGUUACACAGCCAUCAGUGGUGAGUCACAGCUCACACUCAGGCUGUCUGGCUCCAGAGCCCCCUGGAGGUCAUGUCUGUGAGGAGGAGGCAGAAGGCCUGGCAUCGCCAGGGCAGCACAGAGCUUCCUACGUUCCUCAUUUUUGUAUCCCGUCCAUCAAGGUCGCACCCCUUUCACCACCUCCCCACCCACCUCUCCUCUCUCUCCCAUGUUGCCCUCACCCUCCCUGCCCAAGGCUGGCCCUUCUCACCUCGCUGCCCUCCCCUGUCUCCCAACCUUUCCCUCAUCUCUCAGACGUUCCUCUUCACAUAAAGACCAUCCUGGCUGAGCCUGAUAGCAAGGAGGGGGAGCAUCCCAAGUACUCGUCAUCACAGACAGGUUUUCUGUUCACCUUUUGUGUGUAGUUUAUCAU